UUUCUUAAAGCCCGUCACAUGACACUCACUGAUGUCAGUUUGUGCUGAAGCUGCGGUGAUAAAGUGUUAAAAGGCAAGCUAAAUUAACCUCUCAGCUAGCAAAUAUACACCAUACAAAGUUUAAACGUGGUGCCAGAAACGUCAGUGUUUUUGUUACCAGAACCAGAGCUUUAUCAUCUUAGUAAAUCCAGGGCGCUUGAGUAUUAUUUCACCCUUUGCUGUUGUUGUUACGCUAACGUUAGCUUAGCUAGCACAACAUCUUGCUAAGCUAGCCAGUUAGCCGCGUCUUGUUGUUUGUAUCCCUGAGAAGCAACUGGAGUGUUACCGAAGAGAGAAGCAUGACUCAGAUCGGUGCUGCUCAGUCAUGGUGGCUGGGAGUAACGUUACAGUUGAUUUUAGCUGGCGUCCUGCUCCAGGGUUUUGCUGCUGCUCAGACGACGGCUGCCCCGCACAAGGAGCCCAUGAGACCUGAGAAGGGUAUCUAUGUGGUGAGCAGCAGCAACGGGACGGCCUGUUUACUGGCCUCCAUGGGUCUCCAGCUCAACAUCACCUUCAACUCUGUGUCCCAGAAUAAGACUGUGUGGAAUAUUGUGAACCUCCAGCCGAAUGUGACAAAGUCCUCUGGAUCAUGUGACGCAGACACCGCUUCCCUGCGACUCUCAACCGAUGCAGAGAAGACCAACCUCACCUUCUUCUUCUCCCUGAAUAUUACUAAGUACCACCUGAGUAACGUGUCUCUGUCUGCAGCAUGGCCAGACAUGAAAGAGCCCGUCUCAGCUGAUAACAGCAGUCUGGACUUCCUGCGCGGCACCCUGGGGUUCUCCUACCUGUGUCGUGAGCAGCAGACUCUGACCGUGUCCCCGGAUCUGUCCAUCAACACCUUCCAGGUGCAGGUGCAGCUCGGCGUCUCAGGAGAUCAGUUCGGAGCAGCUGAGGAGUGCCAGUUGGAUGAAGACGACAUGUUGAUCCCCAUCAUCGUCGGAGCGGCUCUCGCGGGUCUCGUCUUCAUCGUGCUGCUGGCGUACCUCAUCGGCCGAAAAGAGGAGCCAACGCCGGCUACCACAAAACCAUCUGAGGUCACAUGACUCAGGGCAGAGCGGUGCGUACCCCCCCCCCCCCCCCCCCCCCCCCCCCCCCCCCCCGAGAUUAACCACUGUUUUAUGAGACUAAACACUCCACCCUGUGCCCCCCCUCACCCUCCCUGCCUGUGUGUGCUGUUCUUAGCCUUCAUCAGUAACGCUAGUCAUCAUCACGCAGGUUGAUUUGCUCCUUCCGGUCUGACCCGCUCAUUUGUGUAAAAAAAAAAAAAGGAAAGGGGCUUUGUUAGGGGAUUGUAAGGAAGUGAAGGAAAACUGGUACUUUUAGGGAGAGGGCGGAUGUUGAUCAGAAGUUAGCGUUCUCAAUAUGUAAUGUACUAUUUAUGAUUUCUCUGAAAGGGAUUGUGUGAUUUUGAGGGAUUGUGUGAUUUUGAGGGAAUAGCUACUCUAGCUUUUUCUUAUCGGCUUUAGGGCGACCAUUUUUAGUGGUCUUGCCUUAAAUGAAGUUUGUUAAUAUAAAAGGGAAUAUUUCUGGCAGUCCACUUCAGACUGAAAUGAUCUGAUGUUUUUUUAUUGUAACUCUACAUUUAGCCCAAGUUUGCAGAUUUUAUGUAACACACCUUAACCCGACUCUAAAAAGGAUAUGCAAGAAGUCCCCUUCGUAGCUUGAAUUUAAUUUUAUUUACUGGGAUUAGUUAUUUUCCUCUUUACGGUACUCGGCACAUUUUGUAUGGAGACUGAAGAUGCAGUUGUGAACUUUUUGUAAAAUAGUUGGUUCCAUUUGAAAGAAUAAUUCAACAUUUUUGGGGGAAAAAACGAGAUUGAUACCACUCGGCUGCACAGUAAAUGUAAAGCUACAACCAGCAGCUGGUUAGCCUAGCUUAGCAUAAAGACUUGCAACAGCGGGAAAUGGCUCGCCUGGCUCUGUCGAAGUAAAUCCAAAAGUCUACCAGCACUUCUAAAACUUGCCUAUUUACUCUGUUGAUUGAUCUGUGCAAAGUGUAAACAACGAAAUAUUCUGUAGCACCUACCUAACCCUCCCAUUUAUCCACAAUGUCAUGUUUUUGCAAUUCACGUUUUGUAUUGAACAAAUCAAUCUUAGAUAUAUUGUGCUGAGUGAGCUUUAGAGGUGAUGGUGGGCAGAUUUCUUAACUUUUGACAAGCAGUGCUAACUGAUCCUCCCGUUUCCUGUCUUUAUACUAAACUAAUUUAAUCAGUUCAGAAAUGAGAGUGGUUAUCAUCUUCCUCUAUCUUAUCAUGUAACUAAAAAUGUCAAACUAUUCUUUAAGGUCAUUGUAGCCACGCUUGGGGUUUACUGUUACAAAGUGAAGUUGCUUAAACAAUCGUCGGUUGGCUUAUGUGGAUGUAAAAGCUCAGGACAUCACUGUUGAGUGUUAAAAUGUUGACGUGUUACACUCCACCGGGUGGUGUUGUUUGUUUUCUUUUCCACUUGGGUUUUUGCUUCUGAAGUGAAAGAAGUUGCACUAAUGUUCUGACAAACAAACAGCCCCAUGUAAUGAUUUAAGAGGCCAAAAUGCUCCGGUCAGUGUUUAUCAGUGCCUUCCCCGCAGUGACAUAGAUAGGAUGAAAGUAAAGCCAAUACCACAGAGGGACUCACUCACUGACACCGUGUGCUGCCAUGUCGAGACUCUGUGUCUCACUAAGCCUUCAUGUACCGUUACUACCAUAGAAAUGCAUUGUUUGAUGUUGUAGGAGAAAGUAAAGAUAUUUUUUUUCCCAUGUUUUUUUCUCCCUCAUCUAAAUAUUCAUGUAGUUAUUUAAUAAGGUUUUAAUGGGUUUGUUUGAAUUGUUUGUUUUCUAAAGAAGAGGUCAAUAAAACUGAAUGAACGAGA